UCUACCGAGACUUGUAGAAACGAUGCCUGAGCAAUUGAAGUCUGCGCCCAAGAAGGGCUCCAAGAAGGCGGUGGCCAAGACCGCCGGCAAGGGCGGCAAGAAGAGGAGAAAGUCCCGCAAGGAGAGCUACGCCAUCUACGUGUACAAGGUGCUGAAGCAGGUGCACCCCGACACCGGCAUCUCCUCCAAGGCCAUGGGCAUCAUGAACUCGUUCGUGAGCGACAUCUUCGAGCGCAUCGCCGGCGAGGCCUCCCGCCUGGCGCACUACAACAAGCGCUCCACCAUCACCUCCAGGGAGAUCCAGACCGCCGUGCGCCUGCUGCUGCCCGGCGAGCUGGCCAAACACGCCGUGUCCGAGGGCACCAAGGCCGUGACCAAGUACACCAGCUCCAAGUAAACUGCUCCGGAGACUCCAACAGACCAACGGCUCUUUUAAGAGCCACACACUCGAUCUACAGACCAACGUCCUUUAUAAAUAUGUUUCAUAUCACGUAUGAAGUCAUCGGUCCAUUAAACUACAGGAGCAGUCUGCUGCCCCCUAGCGACCAACAACAAACUAUAAACGGUCUGAUGUUCGAUCUUCACAUGCGAAGUAAAGUCAGUUGUCGAUCUACUGCCUGUGAUGACUGAAACAUUCACCCUUAAAGAUUAGUGGUGAUUAAUAUAUUAUAGAUAAUUAAGUUGUACUCUCUAUGCAGAAGGGUUGGGAUUAUAUAACUAAACAACUUGUUGAAUAUGUAAAUUGAAUUAAUCAAAGGUCAUGGUUUUUGUUUCAUUUAUUUUUUAAUCCUCUUGCAACGGUACGAUCAUUUUGCUUCAUUAAUAUUUAUUGUUUUUAUUUUCUGUUUUAAUUGUAUUUACAUACUCAAAAUAAUCAUGUUAACCAACCAAUCAAUCAAGUGGACCCACAUUUUGAUAAUGAAGUUGCUAAAAUAAUAUUUUCGUCAGGUGCCUGUUUUCCUGACGUAAACAUGUGGACACACAAUGACACCAGAAUCAGAACUCGUCAACUUUACUCAGGUUCUGAUCAUCAGAACACAAUGUCAGGGCUUUUCAUCUCAUUGCUUUAAUUUCUUUAUUGUUUAUCAAUUCAAUUCAGUUUUAUUCAUCUUGUGCCAAAUCACAAUAUACAUCGGUUCAAGACACUUUACAUAGUGAUUAUUAGUGUGAACUUAUUUAUUGUAAACCCUGUUUUUAAAGGUGCAAGUGAAUAAAACUAAUCCAAUAAUUAU